AUGAGUAGAAAAGGAGUUAUAACCAAAAGAGUGAAGACUGGUCCAGACGGCUCUAUCGAGAAACCGCGCCAAGCCGUGCAGAGCUGGCCGAGAAACGAAUGUUCCGCGGUCGGCCAAAAUCAAUCCGUCCGUCUGAAGUCUCGGCCAAAGUUCAAACCAUCCGGCCGAGUACGCAUCACGACCCGGGAAGCAUGUCCCGCGGUCGGCCAAGCCACGCCACUCAAGCCAUGCCGCGCACGACCAAAGCCGCGCGAGCCGGGAAGCAAGCCUUGCGGCCGCGCACCUAACUCGCGUACCACGGCCGAUGGCAUCCGUCCGAGCCGGGAAGCCACGUCCCGCGUCCGGCCGAGAAAGCAUCGGCCAAUCUUCACCCGUCCGACCACAGCGGCCGACCGCGAAUCCGGCCACGACCGUUCCGAUCCGACCACGACCACACCCGAUUCCGGCCGACCGUCCCGACCGACCGUCCGAACGCCGCGGUCGACCCGAAGCCCGUUUUGA